AAUUGUGGAGAAGCAGGGUGCAAUGCUUGUAUCUUUCCAGCUGUCAUUUUCCUUUAAGAUGAUGUAAGGCUCAUCUCCCUAAGAAUGGUCUCCCUCCCCCGUCCAAAGCCUCUCUCAGCACGCUGCAUUCAUUCGCACUACGCUGCUGAUGCUCUGGAGAGUAAGGAUGCUCAAACUUCCCAACGCACCAUCCUUUUCAACUCGAGAAAUGCUGGGUGGGUGCCAGAUACAUGUAGACUAACUGUUCUGAACGGACAGGAUUUCAUGACAGAGAAAGAAGUUGAAGCUGUCUUGGCUGGUGCAGUUUUUCAUUUUUUAUAAGCAGAACUUAUUUUUGGAUUUUCAGCUGGAGGUUACAUGAGCUGCACAAUUGGUUCCCAUGGGUGAGAGCUCUUCUAUUUCUACGUUAUUAUAAAUAACAGGAGAUAUGUGUUCAGAUAUAUCAUCUGGCAAUAGACGCCCAGUUGCAUUUGUAGAAGAAGCCUCAUUUUGAUACAUUUAUACUUUUAUAAACACACUCUGCAGGUCUCAGAGAUGUUAACAUAAUGGACUGUGAAGGUCUGUUAAAGAGUGUGCAGGUUAUGUUCCUCUUGACUUUUUGCUCAGGCAAACACAAAUCAAAAACUUUUGCGUCUUCGCUUUUUCAUUUUUUGAAGUGUGCAACGCCAAAAUGGCACUGACUGAAAAUUGCAGGACUUAUCAAACGCCCAAGGACAGUGGAUGUGCUCAGAGUUGCUCUUCAGAUGUGGUGGAGCUCAAUGUAGGUGGACAGGUGUACUACACACGCCAUGCCACCCUCACCAGCGUGCCAAACUCACUGCUGGGUAAAUUAUUCUCCACUAAAAAGGACAUUUCCAAUGCCCUCGCGCAGGACAUCAAGGGACGCUACUUCAUUGACAGGGACGGAUUUCUGUUUCGAUAUGUGUUGGACUAUCUCCGCGAUAAGAACGUAGUCCUGCCGGAUUAUUUCCCGGAGAAAGGGAGGCUGAAACGGGAGGCUGAGUUCUUCCAGCUGCCCGAGCUCGUCAAAAUCCUCACACCAGAUGAUUAUACUCACAGUGAUUUUGACGAAGCGUCCCAGGGAAGCGAUCAGAGGUUGUUUCCCGCGUCUUACCUGGACGCGCGCGAUCGGCGCUACGGCUUCCUCACGGUGGGAUACAAGAGCUCGUGCGCGUUCGGAAGGGACGCUGAUCCAAAACCUCGAGGAAUACCCAAAAUCUUUAUUUGCGGAAGGGUCGGUCUGGCUAAAGAAGUUUUCGGGGACACGCUGAACGACAGCCGGGAUCCUGACCGGCCACCUGAGCGAUACACUUCCCAGUUUUACCUCAAGUUUCGCCACCUGGAGCGAGCGUUUGAUAUGCUCGCGGAGAGCGGAUUCCACAUCGUCGCGUGCAAUUCAUCACUCACCACAUCUCCUCACAACAGACAUACAGACGACAGAAACUGGUCCAAUAACACGGAGUAUGUCUUCUACCGUGGCCCAUCCGGAUGGUCUUCUUCUCACUGCGACUGCUGCUGCAAGAGUCACAAGAGCGAGCGCGAGGGUGAGAGCGGCACUUCCUUCAACGAGCUCUCCACUUCCUGUUCUGAGUCCCAAUCAGAAGCUAGCUCUCCCCAGGAAACGGUCAUCGUGCGUCCGGUCACCCGCCAGACCAACAUCCAGACUUUGGACCGGCCGGUGAAAAAGGGUCCGACCCCAAUUCCCAGGAGAACUGAUCUGCUUCGUGUGCGGACCACGGGGCCACGUGACGUCAUGGCAGGGAAGAGGAAACCGGCCAAGGAGAAGCUGACCCCAGAGCAGGAGCUGGAGAAAUGCAUCCAGGACUUCCGACGGAUUAAAAUUCCAGCACGCUUUCCGGAGAGGAAGUACAUGUGGCAGUCGGAGCUCUUGAAAAAAUAUCAGCUCUGAAAUGAUUUCCUGCAGGCUCACUGAGCCUAUUAGUGCAACACAACAACGCGCAUAAGAUGACAUCAUAACUCUUCUUUGCUUGGGCUUAAUUGGCUCGUCUGUGUAAUCAUGCAGCAAGAUGCACAAUUAACAAUUCAGUGAACCUCAAGUGACUCCUAAAGGGACCAGUCCUGUUUUGCUAGCAAGCACAAUGACAUUAAACUCUAAACCGAUUUCACAGCGUCUAGACACACCUCUCAAAUAAAAAAACAGAUUGUACUGUAUAUAUACAAAAUAACCAAGUGUAUUACCUGUUAAUGCUCAAAGUCAGCGCACGGACAGCACUUUUUUGUACAGCGUUUCACCUGUAAAUGCAAUGCACAUCAGAGAACUAUGUGAAUGCUGUUUGCAUCAUUCAAUGCUGUGUUCAGCUUAUGGAUAGUAUCAACACAAAUCGACCCUUUAUUUAAAGAGUGCGGUCAUGUUUACCAUUGCUUGACAAAAUUUUGCAAGCACAAGCCAGUCAUUCCAAUGCAAAAAAGGUGGUCAAAUGAAUUUUAUGCGCUGGUUUGAAAGUGACUUCUGUGUGAGCCGUGUUGAAACUGGACCUUUUUUUCACACGAAAUUUCGUGAUCGCACCUUAAGACAGCACAAGUGAGUAUGUUCUUGCGGUAGAUGCAUGUUAUUUCACUCAUAUAGAGUAAUGGCUCAUAUCAAUGCAUUUAAUUUGUGAUGUGAUCUACAUUAUUCACCAAACACCAUUCACCCAAACCCAGCUGAAACACAUCAGGACGAUCGGACUGAAAUAUUAGGCUGUUUCUGUUCGUCAUUGUGAACAUUUGUGCUGAGACUUUUGAUUUUGCUUGUGGGUAUAUGAGGUAUUUUUCUUGUUCUGAAUGUGCAAUGAAUCAUUAAAUGAACUGGGUUUAAAGUACAA